GCUGCGAAUGAUUGUAGUUGGCAAGGGUUUUGUGGCAACUGCCCAGUACACGUUGCCAGUUUUUGGGUGGCUGCAGUAGAAUUGCAGCAGUGCAGUAGUAGUGAGUUCGAUCGAGUCGCGCUGCAAAGACGUCACGGAUGUUCAAGUGGGAAAGUGAUGAGAUGAUACUCGAUAUCGCUGACGACACGCUGGCGAGUCAAGUGUGUUGAAGUAAUAGAACAACGAAAACGGACUCACUCAAGCGUAUGAAUCAACGGCAAUGGUCGAUGGCAAACCCCUUCAUUCGGAUUAGCGUGACCCUUGAACGGAGGUGCUACGGAAUUUAUUUCGGGAGCGUCGCGAAAUCACCUUGACGCGUUUGAGCAACUUGGAUCGGGGGCUCCUGGCGUGUAUCAGUGUGCUUGUGUAGACUAAUCGAUAGCUUAUCCUCCUCCUCUCCGUUGCCGACCGUGAUAUCAUUCCCGUGAGACAAACGCUGUGCCACACAUAUCUCGGGUUUGUGGGGCGAAUCUUUUCGUGGAUCGUUGAUUGGCCUCGUAAAAAGCAUUACGUAAAAAAUCAUCCCCCGCGACAACAGGGAGGUCGCGUUCGUUUUGUAUGGUUCUCCCCGUGAACAAUGCCACCCCGCCCCACUCAUUGACCUUCCCGUCCGCAACCUUGUGGCUGUUGUUUUGAAUCGACGAAGGGGCGACCGUGUGUGUUUGUUUUGGAUUGAUAUGAUUGUGGGCAGCAGCGAACGGCGGUGGUAAAGCGAGAAAACAGAACUUUUAUUGCGCGAAAGCGAGACAAUCGUACAAUCGCGUACAGGCGUGCUCCCGAGAGUGGAAAGCGCAAAAACAGAGUCACGCGGUCGGGCGGAUAUUUGCGCGAUUGUUCACGGCGAGAGUGAAAUAGCUUUGUGCGCGUGUGCGUGUGGCGCGCUACGAUGUUUUGGUGAAUGGGGUGUGUUGGUUGGUGGGCGAAUUAAAAUAAAUCUCGAACGGGUACGGGUUUGUGUGCGCGCAAGAAGAAGCAACAAAAGAAGAAGACAUGAAGUCGUUAACCGUUGGAAUUCUGGGCCGCUGCGGUACUGGUGCGGGCCUGUUCGGUGGCAGUCGCUCGUCGGAAGUAAUCGCAGCAAGUUUACCAUUUGUCCGCGCCAUCACCACCACCACUACAGGCGGUACAGCAACGGCGGCAGCUGGUUGUCAAGUGAGCUGUCAAAACAUUGGCGCCUCGUUGCAGUUGUGUUCGCGCACCGCGAUUCCGUGGCAUUUCGGACGGACGACGGGACAACGGUUCUAUUCGCGCUACUCAGCCAACCGCAUCAUGACCGGGGCGGACACGUUCAGCUUUGCCGACUACGACUGCGUCGGGUUCGAUCUGGAUAACACGCUGCUGCGCUACCGGAUCGGUGAGAUGAUCGAGCUGGAGUACCGCACGGUGGCCCGGUUUCUGGUCGAGCAGCGCGGUUAUGCCGGGCGACAUUUGCUGCAGCCGCUCGACAAGGACUUCCUGCAGCGCGGGCUAAUCAUCGACUUUCACCGGGGAAACAUCCUGAAGCUUGACCCGGACGGUGUCAUACAGCAGGCGACGCACGGCACCAAGCGCAUGGCGGACGAGGAAAUCCGCGCCUACUACGGCGACGAGAAGCGGUGGGAGGUGACGAACGAGUACUGUCGGAACAUGCUCGUAGCGUGGAACGGCCCACUGUCGGAGCAGAUACGCACGGUGCUGGAUUACUUCGACAUCUGCGCCACGCUGCUGUUCGGGCGCGUGAUCGAUACGCUGGACGAGGACGCGCACGAGCGCAUCGGACGGUACAACGUGUGGCCCGACAUUCUCGACGGGCUGGUGUACAUGUACUCGAGGGACCACUUCGGUGCCAACAUCGGCGGCUACUUCGAGGCGCUGAAGGCCAACCCGGAGCGGUACCUGCAGAAAGCGUCCCCCGAGCUGGUGCGUUGGUUGCGCGAGCUGAAGAAAACGAAAACCACCUUCCUGGUGACCGGAUCGCAUAUCGAUUUCGCCAACUUUACCGCAUCGUACGCGUACGGUCCGGACUGGCCCGAGCUGUUCGAUGUGGUGGUUGGGUUCGCCAAGAAGCCGGGCUUCUUUACCGCGGGCAAGCCGUUCGUGCGGCUGGAAGGGCACGACGAGACGGAACCGCUGACGGCCGGCCAGCUGGAACGGUACGGCGUCUACUCGCAGGGCAACUGGCGCGAUUUGACGGUGCUGCUGGGUAAGAUCUGCCACAAGUCCAACCCGCGCUAUCUGUACGUGGGCGACAAUCUCAUACAGGACAUGUACACGCCGUCCAAGUACACGACGGCCGACACGGUGGCGAUCGUGGAGGAAAUGGAAGCGGAAGGUAUGCGCGAUUGCGACGCGGGCCAUCCGGACGCACCGUACAUCGUGUCCAAGUUCUGGGGAUCGUUCUUCACCACCCGGUCGGGACCGGGCGUGGAGGAUGCGUCGCUGUGGGCGGGCCUGAUAAAGCAGCACGCCAAGAUUUGCGUCCCGUCGAUGGACGAAGUGGCCAAGUAUCCGAUCGAUCAUUGCUACAACAGCUUCACGGAAAACGUUAGCUGCAACGGUUACUAUCCGGCCGAGCCGCUGAAGUUGGUCAACAAUUAAAGCGCUGGCACGCUAUCUUUUGCUACUGUUUGUACUGUUUAUGGUCUGUUUGUAGUUGAGCGUGUGUAGUAGAGCUGAAGUGUGUUUUUAGGGUACAGGAGACAAAAAGUGUACGGGAUUGCAUUUGGCAUUUGGGUACACAAAGAGUACCCUCUCAAGCAAGGACAAGAUAAAUAGCAAAACUUGAAUGUUGAUAGCGUAAUAGUUGCAGCCCUUCAACCUUCGCGAACCUACAAUAACAGUAUCUAUCGUUUGUGAGCGUUUACGACAGCGCUCAAAGUAUUCUAAAGAGCGUAACCGCUGGAAGGUUUGACGUUGGUAGGUUAGAAAUAGUUUCCGAACUCUAUACCCUUUUACGAAUCGCGCUAUCUUGACUCCCUUUUUCCUACGUUGAUCAAUAUCCCCACUACAGUCAAACUUCUCUGACACACACAAUGUUUUUAUCUAUGUUAGUAAAACCAGCCACAGCCCGAGAAAAGAUUGUUUGUGCGAUGAAUGGGAUGAUCUUUCGAUGUAAUUUAUCGCACCUUCCCAAUUGUAAAUGUCUGAUGACGCCGUUGAUCGUUGCAGAAAGCACAUUAUUCAAAGAUCAGCAGUGUACGAGCGACGAAGACGAAAUGCACAAAAUAAUGCCGAAAACAAAGCAUUCGUGUGUUAAAAAUAAUAUGAUUACGUUCUGGUUUGCAGUGAACAAAUAUGAGGCCAUAAAAAGUAGCUCAAAGCUACCAUUCCCUUUAGGUUGUGUUUGUCGGAAUUAACGAUAUUAAAAAAACUAGCUUCAAGCUCUGUUAAUCUGAAAGAUUAAAGUCCAACGAGACUUUCACGUUUAGCAGGUUUUUUUUCUCUGUUCUGUCGAACCAUUCAAAAUGUUAUACCAUGUUCUUGAGAUUAACCAAGCGGCUGUCAAACCACGGCGGAAGAUUACAAGCUAUGCUAGCGGGCAAGCUGAUAAACAAAAAAAAAAAAACAAUAAUUAGAUAGUAAUGAAGAUGUGUAGUGUAUUCUGCUCACAUGUGAAACAUGUCGAACUGCAAAUAAAUAAAGUAAACGGAAGCAAAAAGACAGCUAAACGUACAAAAAUCCGUACAAGCAUUGUUUGUCUGCUUUGAGUUUGGUUUUUGCUGCAUAAAA